UAAGCUCCGACCAGACUCCUGUUCCCCUUUCCCCUUUCCUUGCCCUCCUUUCGCAGUAGUCCUCGGGGCCCUCUUCCCCGUACCCUCACCAUCCCUGGAACGACCGUUAUCCACCUUUUGGUUUUCCCGAACCCAACCCGGGGUCGGCUUUCUCAAUCUACCAACCUACAAACAUUCACAUUGACAACGACCGAGGAGAAAUCCAGAGCGAGGAGAUAUGGCUGCCGCUGGGCAACCUCUAGAGCCCGAUACAUUUGAUUCGGACUCGGCAAUCUCGGAGCUUCGGAAUGGCAGUACCGAUUCGCCUACCCCGAGUAUGUUGACGGUGCUGGAGGAGAAUGGCAGGACGUAUCACGCGAUGAGUUCCGGGAAAUACCCAUUUCCCAAUGAUAUUGUCGAGCAGGAACGCCUAGAUUUUCAGCACCUCAUGUGGAGUGUGACGCUUGAUGACAAGCUCUGCCUGUGUCCCAAGGGCUCCCAAAAGGCAAAGCGCGUGCUGGACGCCGGUACGGGCACCGGGAUCUGGGCGAUGGACUAUGCGGACGCACAUCCGGAAGCCAAGGUCAUUGGUGUAGAUCUGAGCAACAUUCAGCCGAAAUGGACCCCUCCGAACUUGACAUGGGAGCUGGACGACCUAGAGCAGAAUUGGACUUGGUCUCAGCCGUUCGACUUCAUCUUUGUCCGCAUGCUAGCAGGGAGUCUCAAGAACUACCAGGACUUUAUAAACCAAGCUUUCGAAAACCUCGAACCAGGCGGCUACCUCGAAAUGCAAGACCUCUCUCUUCCCUACCGUUGCGACGAUGCAUCCCUAGCCCCCGACUCACCCAUCCACAAACUCUCCGACCUUUUUCUCAGAGGCGGCCGCGUCACAGGCCGCAACAUGGACGCGGCGCCCACCUACGCCGCCCUCAUGCGCACCGCGGGCUUCGUCGACGUCGAAGAACACCAAUUCAAGUGGCCCGUCAAUGCGUGGCCGCGCGAUCCGCACUUCAAGACAUUAGGCGCGUACACGCACUGUAACCUCGACCACGGGCUCGAAGGGCUGACGUUGGGACUCGCGACGAGGAAUUUGGGGUGGAGUAAAGAGGAGACGCUGCUAUUUUGCGCGACGGUGAGAAAGAGUUUGAGGAGUCAUAGGGUGCAUGCUUAUGUCCCUUUGUGAGUUGGGUGGUUCUGAUGAGGAGGUAAAAGUAAGUGUGUGCUGACUUGCCUGGCAUAGAUACGUUGUGUACGGGCGGAAGCCCACGGUGGCGGAGAGGAGCGGUUCUAACUCCCCGGACGGUAUACAGUAGCCGUUCAUAUUUCUCCUGUUGUUUGGUACAUUAUUGGGAG